AUGCUGAGCAUUCCUCUCAAAACGACCAACAAGGUCGAUUUUCUGCAGCCUCUUCAGCAAUUCAUCGUCAGGUCCUUCUCCAAGGAGCAACUGCAGCAGCACGAAGAGGCGCUUAAUCACCUGCAUCAAUUGCGCGAAGAUGUACGUACGGUGACCGAUAAGAGCGAGCACACGCGCGAUGUGUUCUGCCGCUACUAUGGCCUUCUUGAAACUGUGGAGAAGCGCUUCCCCAUCAACGAAGAAAACAUCAAAAUCAACUUCGUGUGGUUUGAUUGCCUCAAGCGCAAGAAGAUCGCUCAGUACAGCAUCCACUACGAGAAAGCGUGCAUCCUCUUCAACAUUGCAGCUAUUAGCAGCCAGAUAGCCGAGGUGCAGAACAGGACCACGCCCGAAGGGCUCAAGAAAGCUUCGCACUUCUUCCAGCUCGCCGCGGGCACGUUCGAGCAGCUGAGAAGCUAUCUCGAAGAGCAUCCGCAGCAAGCAGUCCCUGUUGACUUUAGCGCCGACUACCUCAACAUGGCAAUCAACCUCAUGCUCGCCCAAGCUCAAGAAUGCUUUUGUGAGAAGGUGCAAUACCUCUUUUGCUUCUCUAGACUAGCCGCCCAACCGCUGAACAACCGUGUCGUGAUGGUGGUCCAGGCGGCCAAGGACAACAUCAGCCCUAUGGUAAUGGCCAUGCUCACGGCCCAGGCUGCCGAUUACUACGAUCUGGCACGGGCUCUGAUGAUCGCCGUCUCGCUGUCAAGCUACGUCGAUGCAGUCUGGCCCCAAUAUGCCCAGGUCAAGUCCGCUUAUUUCAAAGCAUCUGCCAAUCACAGCACCGCCACUGUGCUGCACAGCAAGGAUCAGUAUGGCGAUGAGGUGGCACGGCUGCAAAUGGCCGCCAACAUCCUCGCGUCCGGCGAUCUCUAUUGGCCGCUUCGAGCUGUGGCCACUGAAGUCCAGGAUUGGUUCAACCGCUUUAAGGAGGUGGUGGCCAAGGCGAAGGGCACCGCUGAAAAGGAGAAUGACACAAUUUAUCACGAGCGCGUUCCAUCGCAGGAGCAGCUCGUCAAGCUGCCGCAGAAAGCCAUGGUGAAGAGCCUGCCGCCUGGUGACCUGACGCUAAAGAGCGACAAGGAUCCAUUCUCGUCGCUGGUCCCGUUCCACAUUCUCCAAUCGGCAUCGGUGUACAACGAGAAGAAAGCCGGACUGGUGCGUGAGGAGCUCAAACAGAUCCGCGAGCACAGUGACUUCGCCAAGGGGUCCCUCAGCUCGAUGAACCUGCCGGCGUCCAUUGAAGGAUCCGGGGAUAAGGACCCCCUCCCCCCUUCGUUGCGCGAGAAGUCGCGAACUGUGCGACAGGAGGGCGGUCCCGAAGGCAUCGAAGAGCUCGUGAACACUCUGAACAAGUUGGCCGAUGAGGCGCGGAUUUCGCUCGACAAAGCAUUCCAGGUGCUGGAUGAAGAGGAAGAGGACGACAAGCAGAUUCGCGCGCAACAUAUGGGCCGAUGGAACCGACCUCCCUCGCACGCUCUGACUGCCGGCUUGCGCCAGGAGGGAGCCAAGCUCAGGAGCAACUUGGAACACGCCCAGAAGUCGGAUUCGUUCGUGCUUCAGAAGUUCGACGCACACCGACCCGGCAUGGAGGGACUCGCUAUGACCGAGGCUGAACUUCAGAGCGUUAUGCCGGCUGUGGAAGAACUCCCUCCGGAGGCGGAUGAGCCCGUUGAGGCCCUCAAGGAGAGCCUGGGCUACCUGGACUCGUGUAUCGCCCAGAGAAACACGCUCGAGGCCCAGCUGAAGCAGACUUCGGAAAACGACGACGUGACGGGUCUCCUGCUUACUACGCCCUAUCCCCACGAAGUCAUAUUCGCCCAGGAGCUGCGAAAGUACGAGCCCAUUCAAGCCAAGAUAAAGGACAACCUCGCGGAACAGAGCAGGCUUCUGGACACCAUCUCCAACGAAAACACGAGGUUUGUGACUAUCAAGAGCAGAAGCGAGCAGUCGCGCAGGAGGCUCGACCUUCUUGCUCAGCUGGACAAGGCCUACGAAGCCUUCGUCGAGCUUCGGGGCAACCUUCGAACUUACGUUGGUUGCGCCAGCGAGGGUAUCGAGUUCUACUCCAACUUCGACGAUGUGGUUAGCAGCUUCCGCACCAAGUGCAAGGACUUUGUCUUUGCGCGAGGACAGGAGAAGAAGGACCUCUUGACCCAGCUCCAAUCUUCGUCAAGCCGCCCUGUUCAAUCCUCACCGAGCCACAACUACCCGACAACGUCUGCCCCAGCGGCGUAUCCCACUGCGCAGCUGCAACAGCCCACCUUCGGAUACCAGAUAGCGCCUGGGCUCGUUCGUCCACCGGGCGCGGGCGACUACGGCCCUAUGCCCGGAGCGUGGCAACCGCACAUGACCCCCGUCUACCAAGCCUCCCCGCAGCAGCCAGCUGCUUAUCAACAGCCGCCCGCGUACCAGCAGGGCUACUCUGCUCCGCAGCAGCGACAACAGGGCAGUGAACGCUCUUGCGAGUGA